AUGUCCUCUGCUGUGACAAAAAUCAUUAAAAUCUACAAGAUAUCUCCUCAAAUGACUCCAUCUGAGCUUAGCAGAUACACAGAUGAAUUAACUAAAGAUCUUUCUCGUGGAUUUAGAGAUCAGGCCCGAAGGCGUCUUAGACAAAUAGGAUAUAACGAGGAACAGGGGAAUUCCAUCAAAGAUAUGGACCAAAGUAUUCUAAAAAAUAAUAAUUUAUCACAUAUGGAAAUUAAUGAAGAUGCAUCAAUUGCUUAUUCUCAUGAAAGUGCCACCGAUAUAGCUAAAUCCUCACGACUUUCAUACCUCCGAAGAGAUUUACGCAAAAAUGGGGCAUCUGAGGAUGUGAUCGAGACGACAAAACAUUCUUGGUUAACUGAAGAAUAUAAUCGUCUUCAAAAAAUGAGACGAGAAAUGCUCACCUGUCAAAAACUAGAUCUUCCCGAUCAUUUUAUGCCUGAAGCUAUACUUGAAAGGCUCCAAGGAUACAGCAUAUAUGAUAGUCCUUCUGAACAAGCUCUUGCCGAUAUAAUUACAAUGCUCUGUAUGCGUCCUGCUGAAGUUACAACUCUUCAUAUUGCCAAUGGAUACGUAACAGAAUAUGCUAAAGGUCGUGGAAUAGGCCUAAGAAAUUCUGUUAAAUGGAAAAAUAUGAAAAACGAGCUUGUGAAUUACUCACUUGGAUUCAAAAAGCAAUUGCAAAUGACACUUUGUGGGAUCCAGGAAUACCAUGUGUAA